AAGAAUCAGUUUUGAUCGUUCUCUCGUCAUUUCAUAUACAUAUAGUUGUGAGACUUAUUUCUAAGCAACUUAAAUAAAUGCAGAUUUUUCGAAAUGUUGAUACUUCGAAAUGUGAACAUAUCUGUAUUACUUUAUAUGUGGGUUUUAGCUGUUUCUUUGAUAGUUCUGCCAAAAACAAAGGCAGAUAUUUACGAUUGCGAUUUCUUUGACACUGUCGAUAUUUCGGCAGGCCAAAGGUUUCCGAAUGGUUCGUAUCUAUAUGACGGGAUACUCAUUCCCGCCGAGUUGACGGGGAAAUAUAACUUCAGGAUUCUUCCGGACGAAUCCAAGGAAACGGUGGAGAGCCACAUAAGGGGAUGUGUUUGCAAAUUGAAACCCUGCAUCAGGUUUUGCUGCCCCCACAACCACAUCAUGAAUGGGGGUGUUUGCUCCAAAAAGAUGACGGAGGAAGAACUUGAAGAACACGAUCCUUACCUGAACGUGACCCUCAAGAACGGAUCGGAGGUCACAAGGCACUUUAAGGACGAACUAAUCGUGCAGUGGGAUCUACCGAUGCCCUGUGAGGAUAUGUUCUACCUAGACAAUCGAGAUAAAAGAGAUCACUACACAUUGUUUGAGAAUGGGACUUUCUUCCGCCACUAUGACAGCGAGACUCUAAACAAGAGAGAGUACUGCUUUCAGCACUUUGAGUUCGAAUCAGAUGAUAAUACCACAUACAUUCGAAUAGCGCCACACAACUGCUUUAUAGUGCCAUCCAGAACGGCACAGACCGUGGUGAUUAUCACAUCGCUGGUUUGUAUGGUUCUUACGAUGUGCGUUUAUCUUUACGUUAAAAAGUUACAGAACUUGCACGGCAAGUGCUUCCUGUGCUACAUGCUAUGUCUCUUCAUGGGCUACCUCUUCCUGUUACUAGACUUGUGGAAUUUGUCGUUCAGCUUCUGCCUUACAGCUGGUUACCUGGGUUACUUUUUCGUGAUGGCCGCCUUUUUUUGGCUUUCUGUCAUCAGUCUGCACCUGUGGAAUACAUUCAGUGGCACCUUACACAGCAUCAAUCGCUUCCUGCCCGAGCAUAGGUUUCUGGCCUACAACACCUACGCCUGGGGCAUGGCGCUGAUCUUGACCGGAAUCACCUUUCUGGCCGAUAAGAUGGUAGUUAACGAGGACUGGAACCCUCGGAUGGGCAGCGAAGGACAUUGUUGGAUCUAUACCCUAGAAUGGUCUGCCAUGCUCUACUUCUAUGGACCGAUGGUAUUGCUGAUAGCCUUCAACAUUGCCAUGUUCAUCCUGACGGCUAUUCGUAUAAUAAGAGUGAAGAAGGACAUACAGAACUUUGCACACAAGCAAGAGAGAAAGCACAAGCUUAACUCGGACAAGCAAACUUACAUCUCCUUUUUGCGGCUUUUCAUCAUCAUGGGUAUGUCGUGGAGCUUGGAGAUAAUCUCCUACUUGGUACAAUCCAACAAAACUUGGGCCAACGUUUUUCUGGUAGCGGACUACUUCAACUGGUCUCAGGGAAUCAUCAUAUUUGUGCUGUUUAUUCUAAAGCCCAGCACGCUAACGCUCUUGAGGGAUCGCAUUUUGGGUGAGAGAGAAGAUGCCCUUGACAGCGAAGAAGAGAUUUCGCUUGAGAAUUCGAAAUAUGAUCAAAAUGGAACAAUCCUAAGCCCACAUGGAGUGGUGUCAGUAGCAGAUCCAGAAGUAGAAAUACGACGGGAGGAUCAAUGAACCACUUCACGAGGACGGCGUCGAACACAUAAAACUAUGCAAACUGAAAACUGAAUUUUAUUAACGUUAACUUUGUCAUAUCCUGGGUGUUACCUAAACUGUUGAAUUGCUGAAUUGUUGAAAAUUCAGCAAUUUCAGCAAUUAAGGGAACGACCCUAAAAGUUCCCUGUUGAAUGAUUAAUUUUAAGAUGAUCAAAGAAAAAUGCCGAAAAUAAGCCAAAAUACUAAACUAUUAGAACUGCUAACAGGCAGCAUAUUUUAUACGAAUGCAAUUCCUCCAUGUUUACAAUUGACCGAAGUUACACUCUUACUUUUAGUCGAGGACAGCGACAACUCUGGUUUUCAGCAAUAAGACAAAAUUUUCAACAGCCCCGAGGCUGUUGAAUUGCUAAAAUUUCUGACAGUUGAUUUUGUAUGGAACAGCUGAUCAAAAUUCAUACUAAUACAAAAUCAUAUCAACUACACAUUUUGAUAUAAACCCGUAUCACAUUAAAA